UAACCGAGAGAGAAAUGCGCGUUCGCCGUUAGCCGCCAGCCGGGCCAACAUCGCCAUGGCAGCGGCGGGGAUUGGGGCCGGGGGAGGAGAGGACCACGACCUUCCCCUCGAGGAGGUCGACGCCGUCCUGGCCUCCUUCUCCGGCGACCCCGCCGCCGCCUUCGCCCCGCUGCCGGCACCGGAGGCGGCGGCGUCGCGGGAGCCGGUGGUGGUUGCUGGUGAGAGCCUACGGGAGGGGCUGGGGGACGUCGAGAAGUUCCUUAUGCAGGACUACGAGGACGAGGCACCGUUGGACGGGGUUGAUGAGUUCUUGAACGGCAUCCUCGUUGGGGACAGCGAGGGCGAGGGUAGCCCCAAGCUCACUGGUGAGAAGAGCGCGGAUAGGGCGUGCGCGGGGGAGGAUGAGGUGGUGGUGGGUGUGGAUUGCGGCGAUGAUUCCAACAGCCAGAAGAAGUGGAGACAAAUGAGGAAUAGGGAUUCUGCCAUGAAAUCUAGGGAGAAGAAGAAAUUGUAUGUAAAAGAUCUGGAGAUCAAGAGCAAGUAUCUGGAGGCAGAGUGCUGCCGCCUAAGCUAUGCCCUCCAGUGUUGCACUGCCGAGAACAUGGUGCUUCGCCAGAGUUUGCUGAAGGAUAGGCAUGCCGGUGCUCCCACAGCCAUGCAGGAGUCUGCCGAACUCUCGGAAACCCUGCCGCUGGUUUCCCUGCUUUGGCUAGUGAGCAUCUUGUGCCUAUUCCUGGUGGACGACAUGCCCAACAGAAGCCUGGUGGCUCCAAGAAGCCUCGAAAGAGAUCUUGUAAAGCUAGCCAGGACAUCAAUAAACGGUGUAAAGAUGACCAGAAUGACAAACAACAGUGACAAUCCUGGGGCUUUGGGACUCAUCCGCCUUGGAAGACGCUGCAGAGGCACAAGGGCGAGGAUCAAGUCACCUUGGGUUCCUUGGCAUGCAGUAGCUGCUUGCUAAGCCGCCAGUCAUCAUGCGAAACCUUCUGAGGUGUUGUUAAACAUAACAUAUUGGCACAUGGGACGACUGUAUGCAUCGUUGCUGUGAAAGUGUGAAUCUUUGUUCCGCUCUUUUCCUGAUACCCUGUUGACGUGGUUUAAGAAAAGUUGUCACAGUAGAUAUUUGUUAACCUUGCAUAGCGUUGAUGAUAACAGCAGAUACUACUAUCGAAACAGGGAUUAGCUAGCUGGGUGACAACAGUUGCAGAUACCUUUCAAUUUUUCCCGACAUAGUUCGGAUUUGAGAAUCGUUAUGUCAGAGAAAAA